AAAAAAAGAAAGAAAGAAAUUGAGUUUUGGUUUUUUUGUGUGUGUCCUUUCUGGUAAGGACAAAGUCUUAGAUUAUAUGAGAUCUUGUGCAUGAAUAGAGAACCAACCUUGAAGUGUAUGCAUAGUAAGGAAGGAAACUGAGAUCUUGUGGUAAGAUACCUAUGAAAAUGAACCCCGAAGUAAAUUUUAACGCAGUUGGUUGUUGUCCAGCUGAGUGGGUGUAUUUUCAGAUUGAAAGAAAUAAUUAUAACCAAAAAAAUCAAUCUACAGCAUAUAGAGAGAACAACUGAUUAGAGCUUUUAAAUUUGAAUUAAGGUAGGGUAAGGUAUAUGGAUUUUAGUAUAAUUGGGAGAGAAUUCUUUGGAAUUUUAAAGAUUAGGUAUAAAGAGAUGGUAUCAUUAUAAGGAUAGGAAAGUACCUGUUAGAUUUAAUGACGUGAUGUCAAUACUAGUCGCUUAGUUUUAAACAUAGUACAUUUGUCACUGUGAUAAUAAAGUUACUUUUUUAAAAAAAAAUUAUAAGCGGGAAAGACUCAUUGAUAGAUUGUAGAUUUUGAACAGUUUAAAUAUAAUUAAGAGGAACAGUAGCAGCUCGUAUUUGUUUCAAGGAACAUGUUAGAGCAUACAGCAUUAUGGUGUCAUUUUAAUCUCCUCUGUUGAUUGGUUUGCGCUACCACUGUCUUAAUGACUCAUAUCCCUGCUGGAGGCAAAACUUAAAUGUUUAUUCUCUGCUUUAACUGUUGGAAUCCAUCAACAUUGUGCUUGAAAGAGUAUCUUUCUUUAUGAAUUUUUAAUCAUGGCUGAGGCAAGCUGUAGAUUAGAUAUAAAUCUAGAAGCUUCAGGGAAGAUAAAAAGCAUUACAUUUAUAUCCAUCUUUGAAGUAAGUAAAAGCUGGGAAGGAAGGACUCAGAAGAGGUGGGAAGUGUGGCCGGAUACUACAAAAACAUAAUGGAUGUGAUAAAAGGAUUGCAUUUUUAAGAAGAGAAAAUGACUUUGUUACUUCAUCUUGAAUUGCUAAGUAUUGAUCUUGCUUUAUUUUCCUAAAGCAGCAAUUCAGUGCAGGGUGGCUUGAUAAAAAGGGAAAACAUUAGUUGAAUAGCCUUUAGUGUUUAUCAGUUCAUUUUUUUAAAAAUUAGCAGCAUGAUUUAAUGCUUUUUCUGUCAGGCUUUCUCUAUCUGUUUACUGCUGAUUUGACAGUCUUUGGUCCUUCUCCUUUGCUGUUAAAUGUGUGUGUUCUUUGUUUGUGGUGGUGGGUUUUGCUACAGUUGGAUGUGAGAGAAAAGCCUGUCUUUGCCAUAUUGGUCUGAUUAGCCUCUGGGUGAGCAUAUACAUUAAAUAGACCUUCUGAGCUAUGAAAGAAGAGAGCUCACAACAACGUAGAUUUUCUUCAUGUACUGGGGUUUCGCCUGUUUUAUUUCCUCCACGGAUUGAUGGCCGAAAGCUUGUUCGGAAUGCUUCAUUUGGAGGAUACAAUGAACUUUCUCCUUCAUUGCCAGGUUUUGAAAGAGGAAAGGAAGAUAUUUCUCAAAAUAAAGAUGAAUCUUCACUUUCUAUGUCAAAGAGCAAGUCUGAAUCUAAACUUUAUAAUGGCUCAGAGAAGGACAGUUCAACUUCAAGCAAACUCACAAAAAAAGAAUCUCUUAAGGUACAAAAGAAAAAUUACCGAGAAGAAAAGAAAAGAGCCACAAAGGAGCUGCUCAGUACAAUCACAGAUCCUUCUGUUAUUGUUAUGGCUGAUUGGUUGAAGAUUCGUGGUACUCUAAAGAGCUGGACCAAGUUAUGGUGUGUGUUGAAACCUGGGGUGCUACUGAUCUAUAAAACCCAAAAAAAUGGUCAGUGGGUAGGAACAGUUCUUCUGAAUGCCUGUGAAAUCAUUGAACGUCCAUCAAAAAAGGAUGGCUUUUGUUUCAAACUUUUCCAUCCUUUGGAGCAAUCUAUUUGGGCAGUGAAGGGUCCAAAAGGUGAAGCGGUUGGAUCCAUUACUCAGCCCUUACCUAGCAGUUAUUUGAUCAUCCGAGCUACUUCAGAGUCAGAUGGAAGGUGCUGGAUGGACGCUUUGGAGCUGGCUUUGAAAUGUUCUAGUCUUCUUAAACGUACAAUGAUCAGAGAAGGAAAGGAACAUGACCUAAGCGUUUCAUCAGAUAGCACACAUGUAACUUUCUAUGGCUUACUACGUGCUAACAAUCUCCACAGUGGUGACAACUUCCAGUUAAAUGAUAGUGAAAUUGAACGACAACAUUUUAAGGACCAAGAUAUGUAUUCUGAUAAAUCUGAUAAAGAAAACGAUCAAGAACAUGAUGAGUCUGACAAUGAGGUGAUGGGGAAAAGUGAAGAAAGUGACACAGAUACAUCAGAAAGACAAGAUGACUCAUAUAUCGAACCCGAGCCUGUUGAGCCUUUAAAGGAGGCUACCUACACUGAACAGAGCCAUGAAGAACUUGGAGAGGCAGGUGAGGCUUCUCAAACAGAAACUGUGUCUGAAGAAAACAAAAGCCUUAUCUGGACACUAUUGAAACAAGUCCGUCCUGGCAUGGACCUAUCCAAGGUGGUUCUGCCUACAUUUAUUUUGGAACCCCGUUCUUUCUUGGAUAAACUUUCAGAUUACUACUAUCAUGCAGAUUUCCUCUCUGAGGCUGCUCUUGAAGAAAAUCCUUAUUUCCGUUUGAAGAAAGUAGUGAAAUGGUAUUUGUCAGGAUUCUAUAAAAAGCCAAAGGGACUGAAGAAACCUUAUAAUCCUAUACUUGGUGAGACUUUUCGUUGUUUAUGGAUUCAUCCCAGAACAAACAGCAAAACUUUUUAUAUUGCUGAACAGGUGUCCCAUCAUCCACCAAUAUCUGCCUUUUAUGUUAGUAAUCGAAAAGAUGGAUUUUGUCUUAGUGGUAGUAUCCUGGCUAAGUCCAAGUUUUAUGGAAACUCAUUAUCUGCAAUAUUAGAGGGAGAAGCACGGUUAACUUUCUUGAAUAGAGGUGAAGAUUAUGUAAUGACGAUGCCAUAUGCUCAUUGUAAAGGAAUUCUUUAUGGUACAAUGACACUGGAGCUUGGUGGAACAGUCAAUAUUACAUGUCAAAAAACUGGAUACAGUGCAAUACUUGAAUUUAAACUAAAGCCAUUCCUAGGGAGUAGUGACUGUGUUAAUCAAAUAUCAGGGAAACUUAAACUGGGAAAAGAAGUCCUAGCUACUUUGGAAGGUCAUUGGGAUAGUGAAGUUUUUAUUACUGAUAAAAAGACUGAUAAUUCAGAGGUUUUCUGGAAUCCAACACCUGACAUUAAGCAAUGGAGAUUAAUAAGGCACACUGUAAAAUUUGAAGAACAGGGAGAUUUUGAAUCAGAGAAACUCUGGCAACGAGUAACUCGAGCCAUAAAUGCCAAAGACCAAACUGAAGCUACCCAAGAGAAGUAUGUUUUGGAAGAAGCUCAAAGACAAGCUGCCAGAGAUCGGAAAACAAAAAAUGAAGAAUGGUCUUGCAAAUUAUUUGAACUUGAUCCACUCACAGGAGAAUGGCAUUACAAGUUUGCAGAUACCCGACCAUGGGACCCACUUAAUGAUAUGAUACAAUUUGAAAAAGAUGGUGUUAUUCAGACCAAAGUGAAACAUCGUACUCCAAUGGUUAAUGUCCCCAAAAUGAAACAUAAGCCAACCAGGCAACAGAAGAAAGUAGCAAAAGGCUAUUCCUCCCCAGAACCUGACAUCCAAGACUCCUCUGGAAGUGAAGCUCAAUCAGUAAAACCAAGUACAAGAAGAAAGAAAGGAAUAGAACUGGGAGACAUUCAGAGUUCCAUCGAAUCUAUAAAACAAACACAGGAAGAAAUUAAAAGAAAUAUUAUGGCUCUUCGAAAUCAUUUAGUUUCAAGCACACCUGCCACAGAUUAUUUUCUGCAACAAAAAGACUACUUCAUCAUUUUCCUCCUGAUUUUGCUUCAAGUCAUAAUAAACUUCAUGUUCAAGUAGAAGUUCUCUGCCAUUGAAUCAGUGAACUAGAAAGAUCUGAUUUGGCCUGGGACCAGUGUUCAAGUUGGUUUCGUCUUUAUUAAAAAUCACAAUAUUCUGAAAACAAAAAACCUAGGAGAUAAAUGUAGAGGUAUUGACUUUUCGUAUCUUUUAUCUUCACACUGAAACAAGAGCUAUCCUAUUUGAUUAUUAAAGUGAGCUAUGUGUUAAGUGCCAGGACAUUUCUAGCUUUUGUGAGAAUGUGUCUACAUGUGAGUAUAAUAAACCCACAUGUAUACACAAUUGUCUCUUAUGUACUCUUACCUGACAGUAGUCUUUGUAUUCUAUAGUAUGUUCUGAGAUAUAAUGUUAACAUUGUUCAUAACAAAAAAUGCUAUCAAUCUUAUAUGUAAUCUAUUUUCUUCAUAAAACAGGCACAAAACUUUUAUCAGUAAGGAAUUACAGAUUGAGAAAUGAUGGGAAAAUAGACAUAAUUAAUUCAAUACACUACUGUUAAAAUCAUUUGCAAAGCACUCAGCUCAAUUGUCUUCUUAGAAGGAAAGAAAAAGUAUGAAUAGUCAAAAUGAAUACACUGAGAGAGAUAAAUGGCAAAUUGCUUUUUAAAAAGUUUACAUAAGAUUUUUUUUAACCCCUAGAAUUUAAUAUUUAUAGAUCCAGGUAAAUAUAUAUACUUUUGUUUACAUCAGUAUAAAAACACUGGUGUGCAACUACUUGGAUUGAUUAUAGUACCACCCUAAGCACUUGCUGAAAAAAAUGUGGUCAAAAUUGAUUGCUGUCCUUUUUUCUUUCUUUUGUUUUUCUUAAGUCAGCUGGUUCAUAACAUAGGCCAAAUUCUAGAGAUGUUUGUAGGGCAUUUGAAGUGCUGAUAAUUCAUGUUUUUUCAUUAUGAAAACUUAUUUUAGCUUUAGACUCUAAUGUGUUCAGUGAAUAAGCAGGAUACAAAAAAUUAUGGCCAGUAUUUUACUUCAAAAACCAAAAAGAGAAAGGCAAUAAGAAAAGACACUGUGUGGUGGCCUUUAUGUGAACAUUAAAAUUGGUUUUUGUAAAAUGUGCAAUAAGUUGAGUAUUUACGAAGAGUAUCAAGUUCUGAAGUUUAAUUUUUUAUUAUCCUCCCUCUUCUUAGUAACUUCUUUCUGUGGCAAAACCACAAUUCUUUAAGAUUCCUAUUGUUCAGGCUAAGGCAAACUAAGUUUUUUUUGUUUGUUUCUUCAGUUUAAUAUUUUGACUUUGUAUUUUUACAGAAAUAUUUAUAUUCCUCGAAAGCAAUUUUUGCCAAGGUAGUUAGGUUUAGGAAUAUGUUGUUCUAAAUAUAUCUUAAAUCCUGAAAGUAUAGAUUUUGAAAUGUUUUUUAAUGAAAAUGAAGGUCAGAGAGAAUAAUCACCCCCACCACAUUUGCCUUUCUGUAGGAGGAGGCUGUGAAAUGGUAAAAUUACAAUCAUUUAUGCCAUGAUAAAUACAAGGGUUGAUUGGUAAAUUAUGAAAAUCAAAAUGAUAAAAAGAGCCUGCUUUUUUCCCUAAUCAAUAUAGCUAUCUCAAGUAUCCUUAGGUUUCUAUGAAGAACCAUUUCCCAUGUUUUGUUGGCAAAAUAAUGCUGUAUUCCAUAUGUACAUGUGACAGGAUGUUUUAAAUUGAUAAAAGCAUAAAUAUACCCAGUGUUUUCAUGACAUUAGAACAAAUAGAGUUUUGGUUAUAUUUUGUAUUUGUCAAUAUAAUUUUUGUAUUCACAUUCUGUUACACUCUGCCUAUUCAUUGAUAUAUGAUAUUCUGUAAAUAUUGUACAGUUUCAUCUUUUUUAUUGUUUAGUUAAUUACAUACAACUUGAUUGGCUUAUCACAAAAAUCAUUUCAUCAUUAAACCUUGUUAACAUUUUUUUUUAUUGGUGACCCACCUCUUAGGACUUUGGUCUUAUCCACGUGUAUGUUGUUUUCAUUUGGUCCAAAUAAUAUUUUAUUUGUAUGGGUAUCUUCUAAGACUAAAUAGGUAGUUAUGUUCUUUAUUUUUAAAAUUUCUUUUUAGAGCAAAUGUUAUGGGUUCUUACCCAAAGAGUCAAAAACUAUUUCUUAAGAAAGAGCAGGGUUAUUCAUGACUGUUCCUUAUACACUAAAAGCAUGCAUCUAAUCUAAUAGUCCUCUUAUGCUUUUAGUUGUAUGAGUUUCUUUCUAUGAACUGAACACAAAACUCAGGAAUUGGUGGCUUAAUUUUAGAUCAGUGCUUGUACUAGACUUAGUUAUAUGAAUCUUUAAAACACAUAAUUACUAACUUUGUAGCCAUAUAUGUAAUUGACUUUGAAUGUUACUUGCCUGAAAUUAAUCUUCCUUCACACAUGGAUUCAUAAUGUGAUUUACGGUUCCAAGUUGUCUGAGAGCCUCCUGAGGGUUUCUAGGAUUUAUGACUAGUUUUUUUCAUUUAUCCAAAUGUUAUUUUCCUACAUGAAAAUUUAACUGAGUAAUAAUUAUUCACAUGUGCAUUUUCUUUUUAGCUGUUAAAUGUACUAUGCCAUCACCAUUUAGUAAGAUGUAGCUGGCCCAGGACAUGUAAAAAAAAAAAAAAAAAAAUACAUAGAGCAUGUGAAAUGUUAAGUUACAGCAAUAGAUAUUUUACUUAUAUUUCAUGUUAGUACUUUUUUGUUUUAUAUCAGUUAUAAAGGUACAGUGUACUCUUUGUCACAGCUCAGUUGGUAAUUGCAUUCCAUUGAAAAGUUGGCCUUGUAAAAUACAACUCUCAUUUAAUAUUCAUGCUUUUGUGCCUUUAAGAAAAUAUUUUUGUCAUUUUUUUGUGUUACAGAACUAUAAUAUGAUUCAAGGUGUUUAUAGGCUUAAUUGUCAUAAAAGGGUCAUUUCUGUGUGUCACUUCAUUUCUUUUUAUAUAGCUAUAUUUAAACAAUAAUGCUAUCUUUUAUAAGGGUUUGUCUAUUUACCUAUUCUUUACUCAGACAUUGAUGUAGACUUGUCAGAUUAUUCUGAGUAUUGUUAACAGUGCCUUUUCGAUGGAUUUCACACUUUUUGGCUGUUAACUUGUGCCAUAUACACACAAAAUUUUGUGGAAGGCAGUUUUAACUUUUUGAAGAAUAUCUGUCAAAAUUUAAGAAAACAAAUGUAUAAAAUUCCAUUUUUUCCAGUGUUUAGCAUUUCUAGUAAGCAGUGAGGUUUUCUGUUUGACAUACAGUGAUGAUGGCAUUAUUGAUAAGCCAUACAUGAGACUGCAGAUUAUAUUGAAUCAUAUUAAAUGUACAGAAAUAAAAUACUAGAUUUAUAUCAAAUUUUCCAAUUUGAACCAGUGGGGAAAAUCCCACAGAAAUCAGUAAGUUUACAUUUCAGUUUCUAUCUUAUUUGACUAAGUGGAAAGAGAUUCUUUAAAAUGUAUAACCUGCCAUUAUGUAAUUUGGUUUCAUUUUAUUCUACCUGUUGUGUGAGUUUAGUAUAUUUAAUUUACUUUUUGUUACUCUUUACAUACUGUUUAUUUUUAUUACAGUUUUUAAUUGAAGAUGGACUGUUAAAAUUGUAUAGGACCAGUGUCGUCUUAAUAUGAUUAAUAUAUUUACAGGAGCCACACGAAACCCGUGACAAAAUGAAUGUGAAUAUUCUUUCUAAAAAUUUAGAAAAUAUCUUUUUGCAUUUAUGUAAUUUGUUUUACAAUAUCAAAAUUUUUCAUUUAAAGAAAAAAAUGUCAUGAAACAUUUGAAUUGAUGAGCCACAGAACUUCAGCUGAAAUUUUUUUCACUUUUUAGCAUGCUAAAUAUACAUCUGAGUUUAAAUAUUCUGUUUAAUGGCCAUUUAUAAAUACAAGCACUACCACUGGUCAGUUUUGUGUGAUAGAAUAAAAAUAUGUUACCUGCAGUGUAAGUACAGCACACUGUCAAAUUCUUUUCCUUAAGGUGCACAGUAAAUGUACAGAUAGUUAUAGGCUACUGUUUUGUAAUGUAGUACAUUUCUAAUCUAUUAUUCCUAACCUAUUAUAACUGUUUGCAGAGAGAAAAGAAUUGAAUUUUUCUAAUAAUCCAUAAAAUUAUGCUAACUUCUACAAGUAGGCUUCUAAAUAAAAUUUUU